AUGGCGAAGACAUACAAGCAAAUGAAGGAGGCCUGGGUGUCUGGACACACCGGGAGCUCCGUAGCAGACGUGAACAGCGUCUCGCUCGCAAUGCCUCUGAGCAUUCUACUUUGGUCUGUCAUCCAGUCGCGCAUGCGCCUCUUUACGCCGUACACGCCGCCUGCCUUCCUCGUCGACUUCCUGCUCAACUGCGGUGCCACGUUGUUCGCGACUACCAUAUACUCCACCUCGCCAUGGAUCCUGAACCUCCUUUUGCUACUCCCAGCAAUCACGUUAUACGUCUUCGAGAAACCGGUCGCGGUGAAGGACGCUCCCAGGCCACCGAAGAUCGAUAAGUCGGAAAAGGACACGAAGCUCGAUGCGCUGCCCGUCAAGCCGUUUAUAACGAAUUACCGUGGCGCGAUGAUGGUUAUAACGUGUGUUGCUAUUCUAGCAGUCGACUUCCGCGUCUUUCCGAGGCGCUUCGCGAAGGUGGAGAAUUGGGGUACAUCGCUCAUGGAUAUGGGUGUGGGAUCUUUCGUCUUCACAGCCGGGGUGGUGUCUGUCCGGGCAUCUCUCAAGGAAGGAGCUGGUCUUCAGUCGCUGUCACAGCGCUUGACAGCAUCAAUCAGACACGCCAUCCCACUCCUGGUUCUAGGCAUCAUACGGCUCAUCUCUGUAAAAGGACUGGACUAUGCCGAGCAUGUCACGGAGUAUGGUGUACACUGGAACUUCUUCUUCACCCUCGGCUUCCUUCCCCCAUUCGCUGCUCUCUUCCAGACGGCCUUUGACUUGGUACCUUCCUACGCCAUCCUCUCGUUUACUUUGGCUGCCGUCUACGAGAUUGCCUUGGACUGGACUUCCCUCGGAUCCUUCAUCCUAAUAGCCCCACGUACGGAUCUCUUCUCUCAGAACAGAGAAGGCAUAUUCUCUUUCUUCGGCUAUCUCGCCAUCUUCCUUGCUGGUCAAUCGCUGGGCGCCUCCGCACUACCUAGGCAACAGCAGAUCCCCAAGGAUGCGUCAUUCCAGACGAAGCUUCGGCAAUCCACAUUCGGCAAGCUAAUAAUGACCUCCAUGCUUUGGACAGUGUUGUUCUACUUCUCAACCAGCUACUACGGUCUUCGACUCCCUGUAUCGCGCCGCCUAGCCAAUCUGCCCUACUUCCUCUGGGUCUCGUCGUUCAACAGCUACCAAAUCACCAUCUGUUACGCUAUCGAAAGUUUCCUCUUUCCGAACUUGUACAAAGCUACGACCAAAAGCGAGGAAUCGCGGAGAAGCAGGGAUGCUACCAGCACUGUGCUUUAUGCUUUCAACCGCAAUGGUCUCGCAGUCUUCCUUGUGGCGAAUCUACUCACAGGUCUGGUCAACAUGACGUUCCCGACCUUGCACAUGAGUGUUACGCAGUCCAUGGCAAUACUCGUCGCAUACAUUGCCGCUGUCACUGCAGUCGCAGUGGGUCUAGACAUGUACAAUCUUACUAUAAAGCUGUAG